AUGACGCGUCCGGUAUUGUUCACGACGGCCCUGGGCCUGCUGCUCCUGCUGCAGCUGCUGGGCUUCGCGACAGCGGCGUCCAAGCCGAAGCCGAAGUUCUGCACCAAGGACAAGGCCGUCGCCAAGUGCGUCUCGGCCGUCAACAAGCACGUCAAGACGACCAUCGUGUCCAAGUACUGCUCCUCCGUCCUGCAGUGCCCGCCCGAUAGCACGACGACGCUCAAAGGCACGGUCACAACGACGAGGACCAAGACGAAGAACGGCGGCGCCGUUCCAUGGACUGAGAUCCUGGCUCUAAAUGCACCUGGGCCAAGGGUACUGACGGGCUGGGGGCACCAGGAAACCACCUACACGCCCGUCGCGACAUCAACCGAGAGGCCGACGUGGACCGUAGAGAAAUUCGAAGUGACCACACUGGCACUCAACAAGAGGGAACCCAAAAAGCACCAUGAUCCCAACCCGAAGAUCAAAAUGUUCCCUCUCAGGGUCAGGGCGUCGUGCGACGAGGCGGUCCAGGAAAAGGCGUGCGCGUGUCUCCACACCUGCCCCCCCGUCGUCACGAAAGACGAACGGAAGACCGUCAAAACGGUGGAGAAGGAGUUUUACUAUACUGUAAGGGAUAGAUGCCGCGGCGUGUUGUGGGAGGACUGGAUAACGAAGGCUGACCGCAUCAUCCAGUACUCGACGGUAUACGAACCAUAUACAGAGACAGAGUAUGCGCCGAUCUACCACACAGAUGUCAUAUCUUAUACUGAGACCGAAGUGGCCGAGAUCCUCGCGACGAACACAAGGACGGCGACAUGCACGCCUUCGGUGUCGAACCCCUCGUUCUACCUGUCGGCCACCAUGACCUCGUACCCGUCCAACCUCCCGACACCGCUCCCGUACUACCAGAAGUACAUGCGCAUCGUGCCGAACUUUGAGUUUUUCAGAGAGGCGGGCGCGCUCUUCUGGCCGCGGUACGUCGCGCCCAAGGCCGAAGCCGGCAGCUUCAGCCUCGACAGCCAGGGCCGCCUCAUGUCGGAGACGUCGUACGGCGUGCACUACUUGUCGACGGACCCCUAUGGCGACUUCCAGCUCGUAGAGUUCCUGCCAGAGCCCUUCGUCGACCUGCGCAAGUGGUACUACAUCUACUGCAACAUGAUCCCGCCGUCCGGGCAGUUCGCUGGGGGCUACAAGGAGCUCAACUGUAGCGGCGCCUUCUUCCAAGUCGACACGUUCCAGUACUGCCCCCUAUACGACGAAUACUUCGACACCGGCUCAGUGAUCGGGUCCGAGAUGUCCGACACGUCGCCGGACUGCUUCCCGAUGACGUUCUUGGUCGUGCCGAUGUGUACCUGA